AUGGGAACACGCACGACAAACGAUAUGGGAUUGGUCGACUCGGCGAACGCAUCGCCGGACUUUAGGCAGCCACCGCCAAUGUCUGUACCGGAGCUUGAUCUGGAUUAUGUUGGCGGAGGAGAAGUUGGAUUUGCUAAUGGGGAGAAGGGAGUUCGAAGGUGGGAGGAGGAUGGGGAGGAGGAGAACACCCCAAUACCCAACUCUUCCAACAAGUCCGAUCCUGAAGAGCCUGUGACCAGGGCUUCUCUCGCGCGCAUGUACAAGUCGUCGCCCGUCGAGGGCAGUAGUGUGGCCGAAACCUCGAGCGGACGCAAGUCCCUGUCCGAGUCCACUAUCGACACUACGACUUCUUCCCUUUCUCCAAACCCCAACCUUCUUGCGCACGACGAGUCCACCACCGAGGGAGCCAUUGCACCGGAUUUGAGAGUCGAGCAGGAAAGUGCUGGGAUGGAGUUGAGGAGGAAGAAGAAGGAGAAGCGGGAGAGGAAGAAGGCGGAAAAGAAGGAGUUGGAGGCGAAGCAGAAGGAGAUGUCAGAUGCCGAGCAGGAGGGGAGGGUUGUUCAAGAUGAUACGAAGGGAGAGUCGGAUGCUUCAUCUAGCGCUUCUUCCCCUCCUCAUCCUGAUGCCUCUGAGAGCCCCUCCUCCGUCCCUGGCAGACUCCACAAGGUCAUAGCGGAGGCUCCAAGAUAUACAGGUGAUACAAAGGGAUAG